AUGGGAGGUUGGAUAGAUGGGAGAUGGUUUUGGGGUGAUCUAAGCAUAUCUUUGCCUACUGUUUUCGGGGCGCCAGCAGCCCCCGGUUCUGUUUUUUCGUCCGUUGACACUUCCCCUUCGGUGCUGGCAGCUAGCUUGUCGGAGUUGGCAUGGCUUUUGAACGAUGUUGUCGUCUCGGUUAACCAACCGGACGGGGCUGUUUGGAGGAAACAUGACGAUGGAGUCUUUUCGGUUUCGUCUUGUUACAAUUUAUUGUGUAGGAAUUAUAUCCCUUUUGGUCCGGCAAAUUGCUUUGAUUCCGCUUUUGUAGCUUUAUGGAAGGUUGAUGUUCCUUUAAAGGUUAAAGCUUUCGGUUGGAGAAGUUUCCUCAACAAAGUUCCUACCAAAGACGCUCUCUUGCAUCGAGGUAUUCUUAAUUCUUCUUCGAAUUUAGAUUGUGUUACUUGUAACAUUUUUUCGGAGUCUUUGCAACACUCCUUUUUGCUUUGCCGUAACACCGCUACUGUUUGGAUGGAAAUGUCAGAGUGGAUUGGAUUGGGUUACACUAACUUCCUUGAUUUUAAGGAGAGUUUUUUGUAUUGGAGUUCCUUUUGUAGAGUUAAGAAAGUUAAAAGAGGAAAAGAAGGAGUUAUUUGGCUAGCUAUUAUUUGGAGUAUUUGGUUGCAUAGGAAUGAUGUUGUGUUUAACGAUACAUCUUGGAAUUCUAGAGAUGUGGUGUGGAAUUGUAAAGCUCUUAUUUGGAGGCCUAUCAAUCGAUUGGAUCUUUAUGCCAAUCGAUAUGCUUAUCAUUAUUGGCUAUAA